AUGGCCGCCGCCAAACCCAAGCGCCCCGACAUUCGACACGCCCGCGCGUUUGCCGCCGCGAAAGCAGCAGCUGCGGCACCGGCUUUUCAAUCGGUUGCGACGAUGGCGGUUGAGCAGGACGACUCUGACGACGAAUGCGAAGAGGACGGCAUUCCGCCGUCGCCAAUGCAGGUGACUUCUGCCGCUCCAGCGCGCUCCAGGAAGAGAAUCUAUGAAAGAGACUCUGACGACGAGGCCGCUCCAUCAUUUGAAACAGCCCAGAGUGGCGGGUCGGACGAGAAUGUGACCUAUUCACUGUCGUCAAGAUCUCUCGAGCGGCUGAAGGAGCCCCGUCUUGCUACUCGCAGCUCAUCGCGGCUCAUUUUGUCUCCAGGUGUGACACUCAGUCGUGCCAACACAAUUGGCGUGAGCAGCUGGCUGACAAAUGACAUGGCGGCGAUGCAGCUUGUGUCAACUGAGGGAAAUGUGUCGUCCACGCCGAAAACCGAUCGCCGGAAGCGACUCGCGCUAUCUGACCUCUCCAAUUCGAACUAA